GUUCAAUUAAGAAAAUAAUGAAUUGCGAUUAUGCACAACAAGGGAUUCAAUUUGAAGAAGAUGAUUAUUACACUGCUAAUAAUCAAGGAAUUCACAGUCGAAAGGAAUUCACAGUCUCUUGGGAAACUACUGAAGGAAUGCGUGCGGUAGCAGAAGAGGAAAAUGAUUCUUUCAGCUGUGCGGAGAUGGAUUGGAGAGAAGUUGAUGAUGAUGUAGUCGCCGUUUGUAGAGGUAAUGUAACUUUCAAUUCAAGACGUCCCAAUGCACAUGGAGGACUUCACUCUCGUCUUAAUAAUACUUUUCAACCUCUCUCCAAUCAAAACCAGAGGUUCUCCAAUCGCAUCACUACUUCCCCUUUAGAGGAUUUAGAAGCAAGAUUGGGAGUUGGAAGUUCUAAAAUUAGAAUUAAUGACAAAGCAGAUCGUGCAACCAGCGAGCAGGUUCUUGAUCCUAGAACUUUCAGGGUUCUCUGCAAAUUGAUAAAUCAGGGCUUAUGUGAACAUGUUUAUGGUACCAUCUCAACUGGAAAGGAGGCAAAUGUUUAUUAUGGAGCAAAAGUAGAUGGACAGGAAUUCGCAAUUAAAGUUUACAGAACUUCAGUUCUGGUUUUUAAGGACCGUGAUCGGUAUGUACAAGGCGACUAUCGCUUUAGGCAUGGAUAUUGUAAGCGUAAUCCCAGAAAAAUGGUGAAGGCGUGGGCUGAGAAGGAAAUGAGAAAUCUGAUGAGGCUCAAGAAAGCAGGAAUUCGGUGUCCAACUCCCUAUUUUUUGAAUCGCAAUGUUUUGGUCAUGGAAUUCAUAGGGAAGGCAUGCAAUGCAGCACCACGUCUCAAGGAUGCUGGCUUAUCUUUGGACAAGUUGCGUGAAGGUUAUGUAGAGAUGAUUAUCACUAUGCGUAAAUUGUACCAAAAAUGCAAAUUGGUACAUGGGGAUCUCAGUGAAUAUAACAUACUUUCUUUUGAGGGUCAUUUAUACAUAAUUGAUGUUUCUCAAUCAGUUGAUCUCGACCAUCCUCAAGCCCUUGAUUUCUUACGUGAAGAUUGUGUUCACGUUUCUAAUUUCUUUAAGAAACAUGGAGUAGCUGUUAUGAGGAUUAGGGAGUUAUUUGAUUUCAUAGUUGAUCCAACCAUUACCGAUGAUUGUAUUGAUGAUUAUUUAGAAGAGGUUGAGCAAAAAAGAUUGGCAAGAGACGUGACUGCAGAGGAUGAAAUUGCAGAUUCUGUGUUUAUGCAGGCAUAUAUCCCUAAGACAUUGGAUCAUGUAAAGAAUGCCGAGGAAGAUGUAAUAUUGAUAUCAAGCGGCAAGGAUACAAGCAACAUGUAUUAUAAAACCAUUACAGGACUCGAUGAAGCUCUGUGUAAGAUUAGUUCUUGUGCGGCCCAAGACAUGAAAGAAGAGGAUGUGAACCCACCAGCAGUAGUAGAGUCUUCUUGUAUCAAAAUGGUGCCUGAUUCUAACUGUGAAUAUGAAGCUGAGACAGUUGAAGACGGAGAGAGCACAUGUGAGUCAGAUGGGAGUGAAGUCUCAUCUGAAGAUGAGAAAAAUGAUUCUGUCGAUAGUAAAGCUACAAGAAAGGAGAAUAAAAGAAAAGUAAAAGAAGAGAAAAGAGAGUCUCGAAAGAAUAAAGUUCCCAAGGCAGUAAAGAAAAGAAAGAAGAAAAUGUCCAAGGCCAAGAAGAACAGGUAAAUAUUUUCCAUUUUUUGGGUUUGCAGAAGCAGAUUGUAUAGAGAAGCUAAUUUAUUUGCAGUCAAGGCUAAAACAAAUUUGGCUGAUUUUUUUCGCAAGUAGUCAUGCGAAUGCAAAGCGCAUUUCUUGUUUAUGAUACUUUAACUUUUUUUUUUCUUUUGGUGUUUACUUCAAUUCUACAAUGAUUCUGGAGCCGCCAUAAGGAAUAAUGACAAAAUGAGUCAUCAGUUUGUAAUUAUAGGCAAUGUUUAAAGGGAACUUAUUUAGAAAGCA